UUACCAUUUGAGUUGAGCAUAACAGAAAUCAAGCAAGCUCAAAUUCAACCAAGCACAAAGCAAACAAGCUAACUACUUCCUUUAAAGAUCACGUAGAAUCUCCUUUCUCCAUUCUUUUCUUCUUCCUUUUCAAUUCCAUUUUGCUUUUCAGUCUCACAGUCUUCAAUAUAUAUAACCACACUUGGCUCUCUGCUUCUCACCACAAACUGUACUACCCUACUCCUUACUCUCUGUAUUGCUCUCUUUCUUUGAAGGCAGUCCGUUCUUGAUCAACAAUGGUUCCGAGCGUAAGAAAAUCUGGUUCUGGUGCUUCAGGACUGGUUGAUGGAAAUAACCCGUCUUUGAUCUCUCUUGAGGGAUCAAACUUUGUGGUCAAUGGCCACAUUUUUCUCUCUGAUGUCCCUGAUAAUAUAACCCUCAGUCCCUCGCCUGCUACACUCACUGAAAAAACAAUAUGCGACAACGCCGGAUCCUUUGUGGGGUUCGAUUCGAAAGAAUCAAAAAACAGGCACGUUGUCCAUAUUGGGAAAUUGAAGAGCAUAAAGUUCAUGAGCAUAUUCAGGUUCAAGGUCUGGUGGACAACCCACUGGGUUGGCUCCAACGGCAGAGACCUUGAGCACGAGACUCAAAUUGUCAUGCUUGAUAAGUCUGAUGAUUCAGGAAGACCCUACGUUCUCCUUCUUCCUCUUCUUGAGGGGCCUUUCCGGGCUUCUCUCCAGCCGGGCGACGACGACAACGUUGACGUUUGUGUGGAAAGUGGGUCCACAAAGGUUUGUGGUGCCGGAUUCCGGAGUGUUGUUUAUUUGCAUGCAGGUGAUGAUCCAUACAAUUUGGUGAAGGAAGCCAUGGAGGCGGUUAGGGUGCAUCUGGGUACUUUCAAGCUUUUGGAGGAGAAAACUCCUCCAGGUAUCGUGGAUAAGUUUGGCUGGUGUACUUGGGAUGCAUUCUAUCUUAACGUGCAUCCUCAAGGUGUCUGGGAUGGUGUUAAGGGUCUUGUUGACGGUGGGUGCCCGCCUGGACUUGUGCUGAUUGAUGAUGGUUGGCAAUCCAUUAGUCAUGAUGAGGACCCCAUCACAGAAGAAGGCAUGAAUGCUGCUGUUGGUGCAGGUGAACAAAUGCCAUGCAGGCUAGUGAGGUUCCAAGAGAAUUACAAAUUCAGGGACUACGAGAGUCAUAAGAGCUUGGCUGCCGGUGCCGAUAAUAAAGGCAUGGGGGCUUUUAUUAAGGACCUAAAGGAAGAGUUUAACACCGUGGACUAUGUCUACGUGUGGCAUGCGCUCUGUGGAUACUGGGGUGGGCUAAGGCCUAAUGUCCCUGGUUUGCCACCAACACAAGUUGUUAAGCCAAAAUUAUCACCGGGAUUGGAGAUGACAAUGGAAGAUCUGGCCGUCGAUAAGAUUGUGAACAAUGGCGUGGGGCUUGUGCUGCCUGAGAUUGUAGAUCAGAUGUACGACGGAAUUCAUUCACACUUGGCGAAAGUUGGGAUUGACGGCGUCAAGGUGGACGUUAUUCAUUUGCUGGAAAUGUUGUGUGAAGACCAUGGCGGAAGAGUUGACCUGGCUAAGGCAUAUUACAAGGCAUUGACUGCUUCGGUGAGGAAGCACUUCAAAGGGAAUGGUGUCAUAGCUAGCAUGGAACACUGCAACGACUUCAUGUUCCUUGGAACAGAGGCCAUCUCUCUUGGUCGUGUCGGUGAUGACUUCUGGUGCACCGAUCCAUCUGGUGAUCCAAACGGCACAUUUUGGCUCCAAGGGUGUCACAUGGUGCACUGUGCUUACAACAGUUUGUGGAUGGGCAACUUCAUUCACCCAGAUUGGGAUAUGUUCCAGUCUACUCAUCCUUGUGCUGAAUUCCACGCUGCUUCAAGGGCGAUUUCCGGUGGCCCGAUUUACGUUAGUGACUCUGUUGGGAAGCACAAUUUCCCACUGCUCAGGAGGCUAGUGCUGCCAGACGGCUCAAUUCUCCGGUGCAACUACUAUGCGCUUCCCACCAGGGAUUGCCUCUUUGAGGAUCCUCUGCAUGAUGGCAACACCAUGCUCAAGAUUUGGAACCUCAACAAGUUUACUGGAGUUAUUGGAACAUUUAACUGCCAAGGAGGAGGAUGGUGCCGGGAGACUAGACGCAACAAAUGUGCAGCCCAAUUUUCUCACUCGGUGACCGCUAAGACCAACCCCAGAGACAUAGAAUGGAAUAGUGGCAAGAACCCAAUUUCCAUUGAAGGAGUGCAAAUCUUUGCCAUGUACUUGUCCAAGUCUAAGAAGUUGGUUCUCUCCAAGGCACACGAGAACAUUGAAAUAGCACUAGAACCAUUCAAUUUUGAGCUCAUCACAGUGUCCCCGGUCACCACCUUGGCUGGAAAACCAGCCCAAUUUGCUCCUAUAGGUUUAGUGAACAUGCUCAACACCGGUGGUGCUAUCCAGUCAUUGGCCUAUACUAAUGAUUCCAAUAGCUCAGUCCAGAUUGGCAUCAAGGGAAGCGGAGAAAUGAGGGUCUUUGCUUCUGAGAAACCAAGAUCCUGCAAGAUUGAUGGAAGAGAUGUUGCAUUUGAGUAUGAAGGGUACAUGGUUGUCACUCAAGUGCCGUGGUCUCCUCCAUCUGGCCUGUCUACAGUUGACUACUUGUUUUAGAGUCUAGGAGGGACAUAUUGUUAUUAUCCCCCAAAUUAAUUGGAAAGAUGUAACCAAUCAAGUGCUAUUAAUAA